CCCUUUUCUCAUGCUUGAAGCCAACUACUCCUUAGGUUAUGAUUUGACACAGAGAAGGGGCUAAGUUUGAUUUGGUUUUAAAGCCGGAUCGGCCAUGAAUUAGGAAGUUGUAUCGGUGAUCUUGUGUAUUUGAAAGCUGGUACUCUUUGCCUUCGCUUCCUCUCCUCCGGCAAGUAAUGGAUCUACAGUUGGGUCCUUCUUGGAUGCUCUGGCUAUCGUCCCCUCAACUUCUACGACCACAACAUCUGAAGCUGGAACCCGUUGAUUCUGCUCCAGGGUCGCAGCACUAUCAUCAGCAUCCACUGUGCUGAGCCAGCCUACUGAAGACCCAUUCCGUGAGACUCCCUUCAAGGCUUUACCUUCGCAGAAAAUAACCAACCACCGCAGGAUUUUUCUUCCACCGCCAACUUUCAACCCAAUGCAGUGGCCUGAAACCUUCCAACCAGCCCCACUACAGAUUCAACUAAUCCUGUCUGGCUUUGACUUCAGAGACACGUUUGAAGGCCUCAGUUUUGCUCCUUCCGAUGUCUCCAAUGUUCAAAUUUACUUUUACAAGCUCUCAAUUCUCGCAACCAGAGCUGCAAAUUUACUUUAGGGCCAACUUCUCAAGGAUCUCCAUAUUUAGAUUUAUCUGCUCCAACAGGACCUUCGCAGGCAGGUGGUCCUGUGAACAAGUUCCCUGCACAUUCGGGAUAUGUCUUCAAAACCCAUAUGGAGUGCCACAGGGAGCUUUUGGUGAAAAACAAGAUUUGAAAAACCAAGGACAUGAACUGAAAGUCUGGGCUGUCACUGGCUUCUUUGCUUUUGAUGUUUCAAUUACUUCAGGAUUAUAUCUGGAAAUAGGUUUACUUUGUUCUUUUUAUUUUUUGGGUUCUGUGCUUAUUUGUUUGUGCCCUGCAGCUAAAACCAAUUCUUUGGCCGAUAUUGGAGUUGAUUUCUAUCAAUUACAGGGAGAAGAGAAAGCUGUUCCGCAAACGGCUGUAACGUCUACGAUCAACACGGGUAUAGGUAUGGGUGAUGAGGGAGGAAUGCAAGGCAUGGGUAUGAGAGGUUAUGGUGGCAUGACCCAGCAGCCUGGGGGUGAACAACAGGUAUGCGGAUGGGAACGAACAAUAUGGGUGGCAUGCAGAUGGAGGACAAAUGCGACCGACUCAGCAAGGUCCCCUCCCAUGGUAUGCUAUAAUCCGCGAUGCGAUCAGGUGGUUAUCCUCCUCAAAACCCGCACGGUGGUUAUGAAAGAGUGGGAAACCAAGACGGCCCUUGGAGACCCAAGGCCGAGGAGGGGGUUUGGAAAUAGUUUUCAACCAGCAAUUGACGCGCCUCGGUUAUUACGCGCAAAGAUGAGUACCAAGGGAUGCAUUAACUCCAAUUUAUAAUAACUUCAUUCAUGUCCCUAACUCAGACUUGAAUAUUAUGGGACUAAAUAUUUGCUAUUCUCAGUUUCAA